CAACACGUUCCCCCCCUCUUCCCGUUCUCCUUACAGAACAUCCAACGACCUUGGCGUCGAAUCUGCCAAAGCCGCAUACAUCGAUGAAGGAAAGUUCGACUGAUAAGGCCUCUUAUAUAGAUCGCAUACGCUCUUGGGCACGAGGUCACGCGUAUGGAGGCUCAACACGGUCCACCGCGUCCAACAGUACUCCUGUUCUUCCCAUAAGCAACCCAAUCGCACCUGAUUCGCAGCAACUCUCGGAAAAGGGUCACGAUGCUAGCACCGGCAACCUCGCCGGCCGCCCUCAGGGUCUUCCUGACGGCUCCGCAAACCACACACUUCGCCAUGCCGGACCGGAUAACGAAGCUGCCGAUAAGUCAAGUUCGCCGGCAUCUGAAGUGGAGGGGACGGGGUCUCUCGUAGACGACAAUGGUACCAAGAAGAAACCCAACCUUUUCAUCGAAACCUGCCUCGAAUUUAAGAAGGUCCUUCUCCACAGCUGGAUCAACCUAUUCUUGGUCUGCGUUCCUAUCGGGAUUGCCAUCGCGAACAUCCCGAACAGAAAUGCCGGAGCUACAUUCGGCGUUAACGCCGUCGCCAUUAUUCCUCUUGCGGCUCUCCUUAGCCACGCCACGGAAUCCGUGGCUCGCAAGAUGGGCGACACCAUCGGUGCAUUGCUUAACGUGACGUUUGGCAACGCUGUUGAAUUGAUUAUUUUCAUUGCAUUGGUCAAGGGUGAAAUUCGGAUCGUGCAGGCCUCGUUGCUUGGAUCUAUCCUCGCAAACUUGCUCCUUAUCCUGGGCAUGGCCUUCUUCCUCGGUGGUUUACGAUUCCGUGAACAGAUUUACAACAGCACCGUUACUCAGAUGAGCGCUUGUCUACUCAGUUUGAGUGUGAUUAGUCUUAUGUUGCCAACCGCAUUUCAUGCUUCGUUCAAGGACAAGACCGAAGCGGACAGCGAAUCUCUAAAGAUUAGCCAUGGUGUCAGCGUAAUUCUCCUCCUGGUUUAUGUCAUCUAUCUUAUGUUCCAGUUGAAGUCUCAUGCGUACAUGUAUGAGUCAACUCCUCAACAUAUCAUCGACGAAGAAGCAACUCCUGGACCUGCUGCCGCAUGGCUCGAAUCAUCUGAUUCUGACUCAAGCUCCUCUUCCGAUUCGGACUCGGAUAACUCAAGUCACUCCAGAGAAACCAUGUCAAAGCGAGUUAAGCGUGCUAUCCGUGGACACCGCCGUAGAAAGUCCAGCGUCGCAUCUGUCGAUACUGACGUGCCUCGUACCCGGACUUCAUCGCUUGGAACCAACAACGCCAGUCCCAUCCACGAGGGAUCCAGAUCCAGCAACUCGGAACAUGGCCCUAGCUUUUUCCCUAGAUUAAACUCCAAGGGUAGCGACGAAGCCGUUGAAGAGGAAGAUGAGGCCAAACCCCGCCGUAAACAUAAGCGUUCUAAACGUAAGCACAAGCGCGAUAGGAAGAUGUCUUUGCCUGUCGACGAAGAAGCUGCUCAACCUGAGAACAUUGCCGCACCCGGACCGGACGGCGUAGUCAACCCAGUCACGAAUACCGGAGAGCCUCGUCGUGUGGAUUUCGCAGAUACGGUUGCUGACGUCGAAGGUGCGUUUGAGGUUACACCCACUGGCACUAAGCGUCCUUUCAAUAACCUUCGUGUCCUGUCCCUUCGGCCCGUGGCUAAGAGCCUGGCACCGCCUGUUUUCACGCAGGGUUCGGAGAUGGGAGCCACACCUCCUGUUCCGUCCGGCCCUGUCCCUCGCGUCAGAUACGGAAUUCGCCGAACGAAUUCCCUUCCGGAGAGGCUUAACCAAUAUCAGUAUCGCCCCCCCGGAGCAAUGAUGCCGUCUCGGGUUCCAGUAUCGGUCUUGACCGGCGGUGCUGGGAAGGAAGGCGAAGAGCACGAAGGCGAUUUGUCGCGCGGCGCAGCUGUCAUCAUGCUGCUGAUCUCCACGGCCCUCGUCGCCUUGUGUGCCGAAUUCAUGGUUGAUGCUAUCGACGACGUGGUAUCGAACAGUGCUCUUAAAGAAACCUUCAUUGGGUUGAUCAUCCUUCCCAUUGUCGGAAACGCGGCAGAGCACGUGACGGCUGUUUCGGUCGCGAUGAAGAACAAGAUGGAUCUAGCAAUCGGCGUAGCUAUCGGUUCUUCGAUUCAAAUCGCUCUAUUCCUUACGCCGCUCGUGGUUAUCAUCGGUUGGAUUAUUGGUCAACCCAUGUCAUUGUACUUUACCCUCUUUGAGACCGUGUGCCUGUUCGUAUCGGCAUUCAUAAUCAACUUCCUGAUCCUGGACGGCCGAAGCAAUUAUCUAGAGGGUGCGCUACUUUGCGCUACUUAUGUCAUUAUUGCGGUUGUCGCGUUCUUCUAUCCUGAAGGCGAUGCCGCCAGUUCUCUGGGCGAUUAAGUGUCGUCCAUGACCCCUUCAAAAAACCACCCCAUAUAUUUUAGCGACGAGAUACCGUGAUGUUCAACACGAGCAUGAGAUAUGAUUGCCAUUUAUCAUUGCUGAUAUUCAGCGUAUUUGGGAAGAUCUGCGAGCAGGUGAACUUACUUUUCAGCACAUGGAUUCUCGCGUUACUGGGGAGUUACACGAUUUUACGAUUCUUUAACGAAGGUCACUUGUUCUUUCGAGUCGACUUCCGACGAUUGAUUGAUUUGGGUUUUGAGUGGAUAUUUGAGGAUUUUGCGGGAGAUUAGCUGAGCCAGCCAACUUGGCCGCUCUGAUCAGGAUUGGGGUAACAAUUAGCGCGUUGAUAAAGACUCCGACUCUACUUGAGUCGUUCGAGUAAAUUGACAUUCCUUUCGGUAUAUUCUAAUUUUUAUUUUGAUCCUAGACUCAAUGUGAUUCGAAAGUUUUAUCCUUCGUAUUAGAUAGGUAUAUCAAGUUGCUCACGAACCCCUUGUG